AUAUAAGCAAAACAAGAAAAAAGAUUAAUUAAUUGUUUUAGAUUUCAUUGUGAUUAUUAGCCAUAUCAGUUUUUAUAAUUAUCAUAACAUUUAAUGCAAAUUACAUAAGUAAAAAGAAAAAAUUGUUUUUGUAAAAUCUAAAUAUGUAGAAGAAGAAUAAAGGAACGGAAAAUAAACAACCUCGACCACAAAAAUUAAAACAAAUAAAUUAAAUAGCUAAAAAAAUAAAGAACCGACAUACCUACAAAAGAAGAAUAAUAAAUAUAAAUAAUUAAACAAUACAGUUGUGCGAUAGUUUUGUUAAUUUGUUUUUUAAAAAAAUUUAGCAACAAAGGUUUUUAAUCAAAUCAUAAUACGCGUGUCAGUGUAUGUGUUUGUGUUGCACAAUUAUUAAACAUUGUGUGGUGUUAAUUAGUUUCCUUUUCCGUUGUUGCACACUUCAAAUCUGAAACAAUAGGUUCCCAACUUGAUAUCUAUACAAUGGCCUGGGAGCAUUUGCGACCGGGCAGUUCACCCGUCGAUUGGUGUGAAGGCAACUAUUUAAUAUCGGCUAAUAUUGCAGAAUUUGUAAAUACGAUAAGUAAUUUUCUGUUUUUAUUGCUGCCGCCGGUAUUAAUGUAUCUAUUCAAAGAAUAUGGACGAUUUGUUACACAAGGCAUUCAUGUACUUUGGGCUCUACUUAUAAUUGUUGGUCUUAGUUCCAUGUAUUUUCACGCUACUUUAAGCCUCAUCGGUCAACUGUUGGAUGAAUUGGCCAUAUUAUGGGUAUUCAUGGCAGCCUAUUCUCUGUUUUGUCCUAAAAAAUAUUUUCCAAGAUUUUGUAAAAGUAACAGACGUCUAUUUAGCGUACUAAUGUUUGUAUUCGCACUAACAGCAACAGGACUUUCAAUAUGGAAGCCUAUAGUUAAUGCUUUUGUAUUAAUGGGAAUGGGUGUACCCACUAUGGUUAUGCUAUACAAGGAAUUAAGGAGGGUACAGGAUCAACGUGUCUACCGUUUAGGUCUACGAUCGACUGCAGUUUGGUUAAUAGCCGUAAUCUGUUGGAUUAAUGAUCGCAUGUUCUGUGACGUUUGGUCUUCAAUAAGUUUUCCAUAUUUACAUGGCUUCUGGCAUGUUUUCAUCUUUAUAGCUGCAUACACUGUGCUCGUUGUAUACGCCUAUUUCUAUGUGGAAAAUGAAUUGCCGCAGAGGAGGCCACUGCUAAAGUAUUGGCCCGUUAAUGAUUUUGAAUUGGGUAUACCAUUUAUAAGUAUACGAAAUCCGGGUAAGGAGUUUACAAAUAAUAUUUAAAACUCUAGAGUCCAUUAUUUUAAAUUAAAACAAAUAUGUAUACAUAAGUGAUACAUACAUAUGUACAUUCAGGAAAUCCAAUGCUUCGAUUUAUAACGAAUGUAAGUGUCUUGUUGGUAUUUAAAAUAUAAAGCUUCUAAUUGCUUAGAAGUGUUUAUGUUAAUUGUUUGUUAAUGUUAAACAAAUUAUUUGUCCAAACCCAUUAACGUUAAAAGUGAUAUAUAUAAAACAUGUUGCACAAUUGUUUUUAUUUUUAUUAAAAAUAACAAAAUACAAG